AAACUUGACUCACAUCAGUGACUGACCAUGUCUUCUUCUAUGCAAACAUUUGGUUUUCUCCUCAUUAGUUUUCACUGUCAGGUGAGCGCUGUUACAUUUCAGCAAUCUCCUCCACAGAUCGUGAAGGAGAGCAGUGAGGUCAAUAUUGACUGCAGCCAUGAUGACAGCAGCCGUCCACUAAUGCUCUGGUAUCAGCAAACAAAGGACAGUCUGUCUAUGACCCUCAUUGGGUACGGAUAUGAAGGCUCCCCUAUGAACUAUGAGGGUCAAUUUGAAAAAGAGUUCAAGCUGACAAGAGAAAGCACAACGAGAGGAACGCUGAUUAUUCUCAGAGCAAACCUAUCACACUCUGCUGUGUAUUUCUGUGCUGCGAGUGAAAACACUGUGACCAACAAUCAGCCUGCUUACUUUGGACAAGGAACCAAACUGACUGUAUUAGACCCAGACCAAAAACUCAAUCCACCACAGGUGAAAGUGUUAGAACCUUCGGUAAAGGAGUGUCGGAACAAAAAGAAGACCUUAGUUUGUGUGGCCAGUAAAUUCUACCCAGACCAUGUCAGUGUAUACUGGAAGAUCGACGGAGAUAAUCACACUGAUGGUGUAGUGACAGACAACAAUGCCCUGAAGAAAGAUGAUGGUAGUUACACAAUCACCAGCAGGUUGAGGGUCGCUGCUGAAGAUUGGUAUACACCCGACAAAUUAUUCACGUGCAUUGUCAGCUUCUACGAUGGGAAGGAAACUAAGGAUUAUCCAGAUACAAUUUAUGGUGUUGAAGCUCCAGCUGCAGGACGUGAGUUAACAAGAGAGCGAUAUUUGAGGCUCACAAACGCUGCCAAGCUCUCCUACGGUGUUUUCAUCGCCAAGAGCUGCAUCUACGGAGCCUUUGUAGCGUUUCUGGUGUGGAAGCUUCAGGGUUCAACUGGAAAGCAGAGCAACUGAGAGCUGAGCCGAACAAAUGAAAUGUAGGAGAUCAAUAGUGUUUAUGUAAAUACAGAAAACAUUGAACUAUAUCCAUAACUUUGUAUGUUGCAACAUAUUUGCAUUCAUUAUUCAAUUAGAUGAUAAAACAGUUCUAUGUAUAUUCGUGUUAUAAUCUUAAAGCUACUUUGGCAUCACAUUUAUACCUUUAGUAACAAUUCUGUUUGUGGUUGUGAAUCGCUUAUUUGCUUAAUUUUCUCUCAAUAAAAACUUUUCAGAGAAUCAA